UACGUAACGUUAUGUCUACUACAACUACAUACACGAGAUAUGACUAAAAUUACGGAUGCAUUAUUUAAACUUUGUUUAAAUUGUUUAAAAAUGUUUAUUGUAAGUUUGUAAUACUCGCUACAUCUGGAGUGAUUUAGAUCGUCACGUUAAUUUAGACACUUGCGCUAGCUGUGUUAUUUCAAGAGCAGGCUAGUGCUAUCAUUGCUACCGUGUUCACUUUAUUAAUAUCGUGAUCUUGAAAAUGUCCAUAUACUUGGACAUUUACCAUACCAAAUUUCUCGUUUACUUUUGUAAGUAUUUAAAGAUGUGCUAACAUUUUCAUGUAAAACAAUAUGUUUACACAGCAUAUACACAGAAAAACUAAAGCCCCAAGGACGUCGCUAUGGCCAUGAUCGCUACUCUGGACCUUACGAUUAAACUGAGCAACUCGCAGUGCCUCAUCUGUAGGAGCUGUCUCAAGAGCCUUUUGGAUCCUAUUCCUUUGCGUGAGCUGGACAAUGGAAAUGAGCCCUUACUUCCAUCACAGUAUGACUCCCAGUCUUCUCAAUCGUAUGACUAUGUCCUGGUGGCUGACAUAAUUAGAGAGACAAAUGAUCAAACAUUCAAGAAGCAGGAUGCAUAUAUUAGGAAUCUGAAACAGAAGAACAUUAAAGUGACUAUAAUUGAAUAUAUGGAAAAGGUCUUUUAUGGCAUUUGUGCCCCUGAAGAAAUUUUCGCAAAGUACAAAUACUUGCUAAAGGUCUCUGAUGCCUGCAACUGGAGCGGGCAGCAAACAUGUUUAUCGUUCUCCACCAGAAUCAGGAUUGUCCACUUUGUUAUACAUAAUACAUUUAUAGAAACAGGUGAGAGUCUUGAAGAGCUUCUGGCUCAAGGUGUUUUCGAAUCCAUUUUCUGUCUGCAUGAGGAAAAUAAGCAGAAAGAACUAAAAAAGAAGUGGGCAAGCUGGUCUGCAGUGUUCACACUUUUCAAACAGCCUAUCAGUCAUGUUAAAGACUAUUUUGGGGAGAAAGUGGCACUGUACUACCUGUGGCUGGGCUGGUACACACGGAUGCUCAUCCCUGCAGCUUUCAUUGGCAUUGUUGUGUUUUUGUAUGGCAUUGCCUUCUUCAAUACUAGUCCGCUCAUUAAAGAAGUCUGUCACUCCAACAUCAUCAUGUGUCCAAGAUGUGACAAGAGAUGCCAUGUGUGGAACCUGUCUGACACCUGUACAUAUGCUAAGGUCAGCCAGCUAUUUGACAAUGAAGGGACAGUGGCAUUUGCCAUGUUUAUGGCAAUUUGGGCCACACUGUUCCUGGAGCUGUGGAAGAGACAUCGAGCUCUGUUUGUUUCUAAGUGGAAUGUGUUUGACUGGUGUGAGGAUGAGGAAGAGUUGAUUUUGGAGAUUGUGAAUGAUCCCCGGUGUAAGCCAAAAGUGUUCAGACACUCCUAUCUGCGCACAACAAUGGUGCUGCUUUUGGUAACGCUGGUGUUGGUGGUGAUCAUCGGUCUGACCCAUGCACUGGUGAUCUGCCGCAUAUUAGCUGGAAUAGUGUUGUCCGAGAGCGAGUGGCAUUUCUUGCGUGAUCAUGCCAGCACAAUAGCCAUGUUGAUUGGUGCAGUGCUGCACUACUUCACUAUUCAGGUUAUGACUAAGGUCAACAGAUUUGUGGCCCUCAAGCUGUGUUCAUUAGAGAAGACUCGCUCAAUGGCCGCCACAGAGAGGAGCUUCACUGUGAAGAUGUUUACGUUUCAAUUCUUCACACUGUUCUCAUCACUAUUUUAUGUGGCCUUUUAUCUAGGAAGAAUUAAUGGCUAUCCAGGAAACUAUGUUCGCAUAGCAAGCAAGUGGAGAUUAGAAGAGUGCCAUCCGAGCGGCUGCCUCACAGAUCUCUUCAUCCAGAUGUCUGUUAUUCUGGUGCUUAAACAAACAAUCAACAACAUCUUUGAGUUUGCAGUGCCCUGGUUAAAGCUCUGUUUUAAGCGGCUGAAAGCAGAUACAAUAGAGGAAUGUCAAGAUAAUGGGGGUAACAUCAACUCCUGUGACCCCAGCAACCUGCGUAACUGGCUGGACAAUUACCACCUGAAUGAUGUGAAUUGUUUCAGCUUGUUUAAUGAGUUUUUGGAAAUGGUCAUUCAGUUUAGUUUCACCACCAUCUUUGUGGCUGCCUUCCCUCUGGCUCCUCUUUUGGCUCUGAUCAAUAACAUUUUUGAGAUCAGACUGGAUGCCAUCAAGAUGGUCAGCCUUGAGCGCCGCCUGGUGCCCAAAAAGACUAAUGACAUUGGUGUGUGGACAAGAAUAUUAGAAGUCGUUGGUGUGAUGGCUGUCAUUGCUAAUGGGCUGGUUAUUGGCAUUACCUCUGACUUCAUCCCACGUCUGGUGUAUCGGUACUAUUAUGGACCAUGUGCAAACGGCACCAGUGCCAACCUGGACUGCAUGACAGGGUAUAUCAACGGCACUCUGGCAACAGCCUACAUGUCAGAUGUAAAUGUGCAAAAAGACUUCCUUAUAAAACAAAUGACCACAGAAAAUGGAAUCAAUGUUACUCACUGCAGUUACAGAGACUACCGCAAUGAUGUUGACCAGAGUCUCACUCCACAGUUUUGGCUUAUUUUGGCAUUCCGCUUUGCCUUUGUUAUUCUGUUUGAGCAUGUGGUGGUGCUGUGCAAGUUUGUUGCUGCCUGGUUUAUACCUGACAGUCCAAUCAAUGUGAAAAACAUUAGGCUGGAGGACAGAUUGAGGAGACUGAAAGAGGAACUUCGGGAAAUGAAUGAAACAUAUGACAGCAGAUCCACUGAAGUGUGAACCAAACCAGAUUCUUUAAAUCGUGUGGAUCUUGUAAAUUCACGAGACUUGAAAUUGAGAUUUCUUUACUUCAUUAUCUGCCUGGCAUCGAUCUGUGACUGCUCUGCCAAUGAGGGACUUAUGUCACCACCAUCUUAUGUUUGCUCCGGAAAAUGAAAAUUUAUCAAUUUUAAAGAACUGUGAAAAUACAAAAUUAAAGUCAGUUCCUGUUAUUUCAGUCGUUAUGCGUUCGUCGGAGAAAUCCCCACAGGUCUAAAUAAUACAUUAGUGUUGUUGGCAAUAUUAUUUAUAAUUUAUAUUAAGAAAAAAACUAAUUUUAGAGUUUAGUUUUUUUAAUUUUGAAACGCAUAUGGAAGCCUCCAAUAAGUUUUGGAUUGACAGUGGAAACCGUGUUUCAAGUCAAUUAUUCCAAAUGUAAGAAACCUAAAUUUAUAAGGGGAGUACAAAGUACUAAAGGACUGUGCCAACGUGUGAUGCUGUUCAUACUGCCCCUUGCUUCCCAAUAAUUGUCUUUUCAGUGUUUUUUUCCAGUUGUUUUUUAUAUAUCUUCACGUACCAGAAAAUGUACAAAGUGAAUCUUGAAGAUGGUUGUAAAAUAAAAUUGUCAAUAAUUUUUUCUUCCA